AUGAACCGUGCGAAAGGAUCCCCUCGUCCACUCAUAUAUUCCCCACAACUCAACCAACCUCCGCAUGUCUAUGGUGCAACAGGCACGGCUGACUCGAGAUGGCCGCCUUUGUGCGCGUAUCAGGCCCGGCAAAUGGCAAUUUUCUGAUCGGAUACCCAGGCAUUUCUGCGACCAUGCCACGAAUCGAGGGUAAAGUUGAAAUCAGACCCUGCGUUGGUAUUACAGCUCCGGUCAACGUCUCGCUCGUCACUAUUUCCCUCCUCCGCCGCGAGACCAUUCACCCUUCGGCCGACACUUUCACGAAGAAACGCCUGGCUCCACCACGAAAAGAGAUUACCGACAUCGUCGGCAAAGAGAUGCUCCUAUUUCGAUGCCCCGCCGGCCGAGAUAUACAGCUCCCGAGUCGCACCGCCGAAACCUACUACGAGAUGGUGGUGACAGUCCAACAAGGACAACAGCAGCAGCACAAAUACACCUUCCCCGUCCCGAUCGCGCGCUACGACACACUCUCCACAUUCGGCAUGUACAAUCGUCCGGAGUCGGCGGAGCGCGUAUCAGAUCAUCUGGUCACAUUAGCCAUCUCACUACCACGGUGGUCUUACGGUCCUCUCGAUCCUGUCAGCGUCUAUGUCAAACUGUCACCGAACGAGAGCUGGAUGGGCAAGGCGCGUAAAGUGACCAUCAGCAAGAUCACCAUCGGCAUCGACGAAGAAAUCAUCUACAACCACGAAGGUGAUGAGCCCCAGCGCAAAGUCAAGGUUCUAGCCAAGAAAACAGAAAACAUCGGCGUUAAACUACCCCAAUCGGGCUACUUAACAAAUCUGGGCUUGGUAUUCCCUGCCAAGGACCUCCGCGAUGCAGAAGGAAUCUUGCCAAGAAGUAGGGCGGCAUUUCCAACGUACGGUGUGAGUGGCUUCACAACCACAGCAAGUCUAUAUAAAAUCGAGUACUACCUCACAGUUCGAGCCCAUUUAACCUCAGCAAGAGACAUUACCAUCCGACAACCAAUCGUGGUCUGCCCUCUCGAUCACGCCGGCUGCAAAGAAGAAAUGGAAGCGAUCGAGCAAGCCGCACGAGACGCCGCCCACGUCAACCCGGACAACCCCAUGCUGCCUCUUCCAGCAAUUGUACGACCAAGCGACCACAACGCCCUCAGCCAUCUAGGCGCCGCUAUUGUCGGCAACCAGAAGAAACCCCUGAUCGACUGAGAUGGGAGACGAUUCAACCCUUCACAGUAACAAUG